AUGUCCUCCCUCCACACCCACCUCAACUCCCGCUUUUCCCUUCCCCCCACCCCGUCAACCCCUCCCAUCCCCCGCGCAACCCUCCUCCUCGCCGCACACCGCUCCUCCACCCCCGAAGCCUGUGAAGCCCUAGCAGAAGCGCUCCCUCGCAAACUACACGCCUCCCGCCGCGCGUUCGCCAGCAAGGAGUUUGUCAACGAGUGUGUUGCGCUGGAUAGGCUGCGGUAUAAGAAUGGGAACCAGCAUAGGAGUGCGAGGUAUUUUAGGAAGUUGGUUAUGGUCCGCCGCCUCCUCCGCCGCUUCUUCGAAAUCGAUCUAGAAGCACUCAUCCAAAAGCUACUGGACGACAUGCAUCCCAACAAAACAAAACGCCACCAAGGCCGUUGGGAACACCUCCCGCCACGCGCCAACAUGGCAUAUCUCCUGCUGAGACUCGCAAGCGCCUACCGGAUCCUAACACAGCUCCGCCCCGCUCUCCUAACCUGCUACACAUCCUUCCGCGCCCUCCUAACCCAAACCUUCUUCAUGCCCAUGUCCAUGAUCGUCAUGGCGGCCUGCGCGCGGCUGCAUCUGUUGACCGGGACCAUGAUGCGGGAGCUGGAGGCGUGUUACAACGAGCUCGCGGGGUGGUUCGGGAGUAUGCCGCCGCUCCCGACAGACCCGCCGUACGCAGCCCUGUUGCCCGCCACCCUCUCCGGCGCCGCCCUCACGGCGCCGGAUGACCACCGCACAGACGCAUCGCGCCCGGGAUCGCAGGAGGAGGGAAACGGAGCGCACGAUCAGAUGGACGUCGAUGGCGGGGGAGAUGCGUGGGACGUCGGGGUGCUGGACACGCACACGGCCGCGCUGUCGGAUGCGUUCUGGAAUGACGGCUGA